AUGAGUACCUCACAGACAACUCGAUCACUUGUGCUUAAGAAAGCAGCCACUUCUACGAGUGGAGGAGUGUAUCAUGACGUCGUUAUAGAGAAUCGGAGGCUUGAUCCAGCGCUUCAGUCUGAUGAAAUAAUAAUUAAAAUAUCUGCUGUUGCGUUCAAUCAUCGUGAUCUCUGGAUUAGGAAGGGCCUGUAUCCUGGCAUUGCGUUUGACAGUGUGCUGGGUGGAGAUGCGGUAGGAACAGUGAUCGCAUCCACGAAUCCAAAUGAUGAGUUACUCAACAAGCGUGUAUUCAUCGUUCCCAUGCAAGGCUGGCAAUCUGCUCCCGACGCUCCCGAAAACCCGCUUGGGAUACCACUCCUUUUGGGAGGCCUUAAGUUUCCUUCUCUCGGGGUGUUCUCAGAGUUCAUCAAGGUUUCAAGAGACGAGGUAAUUGAAGUUCCAGAACACUUGGACGACCAUCAUGCAGCCGCAUGGCCUCUCGCCGGAGUAACCGCCUGGAGGGCUGUUGCAGUUGCUGCAGAUGUUCGGAAAGGCGAUAGUGUUCUCAUCACAGGCAUCGGCGGAGGUGUUGCACUGGUUGUACUCCAGCUUUGCAUCGCAAAAGGCGCCAAUGUCUACGUUACUAGUGGGAACAACGAAAAGAUAGAAAAAGCCAUUGGACUAGGAGCCAAAGGAGGAGUGAACUACAAAUCAGCUACAUGGCCCGACGAUCUUGCCCGAUUGCUGCAACGAGACGGGGCACAGCUCGCAGCAAUAAUAGAUUCCGGGGGAGGCGACUUAUUCAAGAAAGUAGGUGCCUCACUUAAAGCGGGAGGAAAAUUAGUUUGCUAUGGAAUGACGGCCGAGCCGAAGAUAACAUUCACAAUGCGGGAAGUAUUAAGAAACCAGAAGCUGAUAGGAACAACCAUGGGGUCAAAGAAGGACUUGAUCGAUGCGACGGAGUUCAUUAAGCUCCACGAGGUCAAACCAGUCGUCUCUGUCGUUCUUGAAAGUUUGGAUGAUUUUGAGAAAGGGUUCGAGCUAAUGCAACGAGGUGAUCAAUUCGGAAAGAUUGUUAUGAAAAUGAACAGAAAAAGUAGCAGCAAACUAUGA